AUGGGGCCUCCAUCUCCGAGGCUCAGCAGCACCACCGGGGGUGGUGGUGCCACCACCACUCCACCCAGCCCCAGGGCCAAACAGCAGCAGCAGCAGCAGCAGCAGCAGCAGGCCUUCAGGGCCUAUGUGAACACUACCAGCAGCAGCAGUAACAGUAGCGGUAGCGGUAGCGGUAGCAGCAGGCUGUACCGUAGCAUGGAGAACCUGAACUGGGCCGUGUCGGACCCCAGCCUCUACGGCGUGCCGUACCGCAGCGUGGACAGCGAGUUCAUCCUGCACUGCACGUCCACCACCACCACCACCAGCCACUGGUACGACGGCGGCAUCGGCGGCAUCGGUGGUGGCGUCCAGGCCGAGGAGGACAUCGACGGAGAUACCGACGGCGACGGCGACGGCGGUGGCGGCGGGCAGUUUCACGAGGGCUGCCCUUCUUCUCCGCCGAACCCGGAGAGCCUGGCGUUCUACCCGCGCCGGGCCCUGGCGCGUCGCGACCUGCCGCUGCAGCUCUUCCCGCCGUGGAUGUUCCCGCCGGCCGGCGGCGCGCUGGAGGAGUGGGCGGCCAACGGGAACGCGCGCAAGGGCCUGCGCGACAAACUGCGCCUGCAGAGCGCACGCACCACCACCACCGCCGCCACCGAGCCACUCAAGCCGCUGCGCCCGCAGGUGACCCCCGGGAACGGCAUCCCCAUCACGGUCACGGGGCCCCCGAACGCGUCGGCCACCUGGGGCUGGGGCGGAGGGGUGGAGAAGGAGGCGGGGUCCCGCUCGCUGAGCGCCCGCCGCAUCACCAGCCCCGAGGAGAUCAAACAGGAAGUGCUCCGGCGGCUGCAGCUGCGCCGGCAGAACAGCAGCCCCAACCUGGCGAUGCACGUGGCUCCCCCCGCCGCCGCCCCCCCGCAGGACCCGCAGAACGGGAACAUGAGCCGCUCGUUCACCUCCGAGCCACAAGGGGGCAGUAGUGGUGGCGGCGGCGGCGGAGGGUCGAGCCACUCCACUCCCGAGCGCAAGAGACCCCCCAUGGGCCGCCUUCACAUCCCCACGUUCGAGGAGUUCAAGAGGAUGCGGCAGAGGGAGGGUGGACCCGGUCAGCCAGUCAUCGCAACAGCGCCCUCCUCUGGCCAAAACGGGAACUGCAGCCAGAGUGAGAGGAACAGCUGCGCUCAGAGUGGACAAGGCGCCGGUGACGAGCAGGACGGCCGACGCGGCAGUCAGCAGGACAUGGACACGGGUCAAGACAACGAGGACAGAGACAGAGACAAAGACGCCGCACGGACAAUCGCAGAGACCAAGAAAACAGACGCCGUCUGUGAUCCAAAUGCUCAAACACAAAACCAAACCCAAGGUCCGGUUCUGAAACACACACAUGAGAACUCUCAAGUCCAGUGUCAGUCCCAGAACCAGGACCAGCACCAAAUCCCAAAUCAGACUCUAGGGCGCCCCCUAGAGUCCUCGUCUAACCCCAGCAUGGCUCCAGCAGUUCUAAUCUCCACCACCUCCUCCACCACCUCGCUCAAAAUUGCAACUGCCCCCAUCUGCACCGGCCCCGCACCACGCUCCCCACUUGGCGGUGGUGGCGAUGGUGCCGGUGGGGCAACAGAAUCCUCCGCCUGCCCGUCCUCCUCCUCGGGGUCGGAGGUGGCAGAGGGGCCGCUGGGCCCGUUCCCGCCGCGUAAGGAGAGCGGCGAGGCUCCGUCCAGCUGCUGCCCGGCGCUGCUGCUCGAGGGCGCCGACCUGUCCAGCUACGGAGCCAAGAUCUACAGCAUGCGGGACGGCCUGCUGGGCUCGGCUCUGGACCUCAUCAAGAAGAGCUGCAGUGCAGAGAUUGUGGCGGAGGCCUCCGUCAGGUUGUCACGUGAGCGGAAUGAGAGCGAGCACGACGCCGGCGUCGGAGGAGGAGGAGGAGACGUCGCCGCCGGGGAGGAGGAGGAGGAGGAGGUGGUGGACGCCGAGAAGCACGUCGCCGCCGCCGACAACAACAACGCCCCGCCCCCUCCGCCGGCCCAGCGCCGUCAAUCUGCCGGCGUUGCCAUGGCGACGCCGGCCUGCAGAGCCGGGGCUGGCGGUGGCGACGGUGGUGCGGAAGCAGCCGCAGGACCAGAAGCAGAGCGGGAGGAAGGAGGAGGAGGAGGAGGAGGAGACGUCGCCGCCGGGGAGGAGGAGGAGGAGGAGGUGGUGGACGCCGAGAAGCACGUCGCCGCCGCCGACAACAACAACGCCCCGCCCCCUCCGCCGGCCCAGCGCCGUCAAUCUGCCGGCGUUGCCAUGGCGACGCCGGCCUGCAGAGCCGGGGCUGGCGGUGGCGACGGUGGUGCGGAAGCAGCCGCAGGACCAGAAGCAGAGCGGGAGGAAGGAGGAGGAGGAGGAGGAGGAGGAGGAGGAAGGGGAGAGCAAGACGGAGACAGAGACGGAGACGCUGAAGAGGAGACAUCAGAAUGCCUCUCUGGACCGGGCUGCCGGCGCUCCAGCUCGGACGCGGCCUAUGAGCCUGUGGAGGCGGUGAGGGCCCAGCGCGAGUGCCGCCUGCGGCCCCACUUCAGCGACCCCAUGCCCGCCGACGCCGCCAAGCGCAAGCAGCUGGAGAUGAAGAUCGCCGCCGCCGCCAGGCUGCACAGCCACCGCCGCGAGAGAGACGGCUCCAUCCUCACUAGGGGGCGCUCUGAGCCGCGGGGCGAGACGGGACUGUGCGGAGGGCGCCGCACGGGCGGAGGGCAGCACCGCUGGAGCACGGUGAGCAGCCUGAGCGCCGACAGCGGCGUGGUGGGCCUGAGCGACGAGCGCGACGACGAGGACGAGCCGCGGCAGCGCGCCCAGCGGCACAGCGCCGGCGCCGAGGUGGAGCGCACCGACAGCGGCAUCGGGCCGGGCCUGGCCCGCAGCUGGAAGAGGCCCUCGGCCGCACUGAGGGCCUGGGAGGCCCGGCGUCCCUGCCCCGACUGCGGGAAGAGGGAGCUGGGGAUCAACGACAGCGGAGGUGGGGAGGAAGCCAUGUGCGAGCGUUGCUCGAAGCUUCGCACCGAGCGCAAGGAGGCCAUCUUGGAGUUCCUCAACACGGAGGCCAGCUACGGCGAGGACCUGCGCAUCAUCAAGGAGGAGUUCUACUGCCCCAUGCAGAGCGCCGGACUGCUCGCCUCCGAACAGCUGACCGUCGUGUUCGGGAACGUUCAGGAGCUCAUCGACGUCAACGAGCGAUUUACCGAGCACCUGCAGGAGAGUAUCGACCAGGCCUUUGACCAGGGCGACGAGGACCUGCUGUCUGUGUGCAUCGGCGAGAUCUUCCUGGAGUUUGUCAACAUGCUGCCGGCGUUCCAGACCUACUGCCUGCAGCAGUCCGCCUCCGUCAACAUGCUCAACGCCCUGGAGAAGGAGAAGGAGCUGCUCAGGAUCUUCCUGGACGUCUCGCAGAACGACAACACAGCCCUGCGGCGUAUGAACCUGCGCUCCUUCCUGAUGGCCCCGCUGCAGCGCGUCACCAAGUACCCGCUCCUGCUCAGCCGCAUCAGCAAGGCCACCAGCGACUGCCACCCGGACCACGCCCGCCUGCGCGAGGCCAAGAGCCGCGUGGAGUCGCACCUGGAGCACAUCAACAUGAAGACGCGGCAGGAGGGCCUGGGCGGCACGGCCACCUGGUCGCUGCGCUCGUUCCGCCGCGAGAGCCGCAAAAACCGCGAGGUCAUCAACAUAGAGAUGCGGGAGGUGUCGCUACGAACAGUCGGGUGGGCGCGGGAGAGCACGCGCUUCGUCAUGGAGGGCCCCCUGCAGCUGUCUCAACCCACCGACGGCCAGUGGUCUAAGAAGGGCAGCAAGGCUCUCAAGUUCCAGAAUGUGCAGAGCCUGCUCAUGGUGCACACCCUGAAGAGCCCAGAAGUGGGCGAAGGUGGCGGAGUUGGCCAGAAACCAGCAGGGGGCGAGCAAGAGCAAGGCGGAGAGAUGGUGCGAGACGGCGUGCUCGUGCUCAUCAAGGACAAGAGCAGCGGGAAGUUCACCGUCCUCCGAGAGCCCAUCCGCUUGGCGAACUGCGUCGUGUCGGCUGACCCAGACUGUGACGACACCUUCGAGGUGUUGGACAUAAGGCGCGAGGCGUUCGUGUUUAGAGCUUCCGACAGGGCACGCACGCAGCAGUGGUAUCGCUUGAUCAAGAGGUACACGGUUGACCUGGGACCGUGGAGGAAACGGCGCAAUGCGCUGCCCAAUAUCAUGAUCAACACAAUCCAGAGCAGGUCCUGAGACUGCACCCUGUGGAACUCCUCGCUCCCUCGGCCAGCUGGAUACUGGUGUAAAUAAAGUCAAUUAUUCUUGCCUCUUGCAGACAGUGUUACUAAAAUGGAUGAGGAUGAAAGGUUUUCGUUUCUGCAUUCCAUUCCUAAUAGACGUGUAAAAAAAGACGUUUCAUUGACAUUUGUAAAAUGAUUUAAUAGUGAUCUGAUGGUUGAAGAAUGCACUUUUUUCUACUGACUUGAGGGGGAUUUUAAAGAACACUUUGAGAAAACAAAAAAUCAUGAAGGUUGAAUGCAGAGCCAGAAGGCAGACCAAAUGAAGGAUUCCCGGAAUACUACCGGCUAGUGAUUGUAAAAGUUGUUUGCUACUGAAAGAGAGAGGAGGGGAAAUCGUAUUUAAGAGCUGACAUUCACACAGUGUCUGCAACGAGCAUGGCUGGAAAAAAAAAAGUUUGCUACGAAAGAAAGAAACUCUGGUGAUAGUAGAUAGCAAUGCACAAAUCAGUCAACACUACUGUUAAAAAUCAAAAAUCCAUACUGAUCAAGAUUUUCAGUGAAGAAAAACAUAAGUAGAAAAAGACAAUAAAAACAUGUUUUUUUUUUUUGUGACCAAGGCAAGUCACUGGUAAGUUACUGCCCUUGUCCUGAAAAGUCCCUGGAUUCAUUAGCACUGUCCACUGCCAGUGGUCAUCAGGUCUAACCUGCUCCUUUCACUGUGCCAGAAACUCCAUCGCUCAACAGCAAUAAUUUAUGGCAGACAGUCAUACACUUGUAGCAAAGUAAUAUAGCCUAUUCAUCGCACACAAAAGGUCAUCAUUUCUGAUAAAUGUCACCGGUGAUGGAAAACAAGGAGUUACAGUAACAUGCUGUUGUUUGUUUUUGUUUGUUUGAUUGAUUGUUUUGUUUGUUUUUACUCUCUUGUGGAGACAUUGGACUUGGUUAACUCAGUCCUGGUUCUGGAUUUGUUUGGAUUACAUUUGUGUGUCAGAGCAACCAGGGCCAUGAAUAACCAAAAGGCCACGAGGGCUUCGUCAUCACACUUGUGGGUUGCAGGACCAGGGUACAGCCGUAGCUGGAAGCAGGAAGAUAAAGGUUUUGAAAAUCUAACCUGACCUUUUCAGAAAAUGUCCCUGCGUCAAGACAUCACUGAUUAGGAAAAGGGUGUGAACUUUUGUGCCUUGGGUGUACAGUUUAAAAAACAAGGAGAAUCUGUUUCAGUCCUGCUCGCUCACACAAACACAGGUCCAAUUUUAUCACUGAAAAGUUAGUCAGGCAAGGGCUGUAAAAUAGCCUCCAGAUAACUAAGAAAAAUGCAGCACCUCAAACUGCAGUCCCACCCAUUUUUUUUUUUUUACCCUUUGCAUAUUUGAGGUUUCCUCCCUUCUGUUCAAUGCACUUUAAAACUGAAAGCUCUGCAAAUUUGUAUGUGAAUGAAGGACAUUAUUUUAUGUGGCUUUAUCUCUUAUUCAUGAAAAAAAAAAGCUUUACUUCGCCAUUGUGGUGUUUUAUUUUACAGAUGCGUUUUGAAUAGCAAGAGUAAAUCAAAACCACCGUAGGAGGCUGUAGCAGAUUCAGGCCAUAUUUCCUCUACCACAUACCAGAUCCGUUACUGUUGUUGCUCCAUUUACGCCUGUAGUAUGUUUGGUUUCACACAAGCACACAGGGACGUGAGCGAUCACUGUUUGGUUUCUGGACAGACACGCUGAAAGGGGCAUUGGGAUUAAUGCCAAGUACUGUGCAUCUCUUUUCUAAUGGCAUCAUUACUGUUAGAAUCUUUCAAGGCUUCCAUAGUCAUUGUAAAAAAAAAAUGUUGAAAAAAAAUUAAAGUCAAUUAAAAGAAAGGUCACUGGAAUUUCAUGAGACAGUGGGCUAUCAAAUGAGACCUGUUGAAACUGUUAAAUGCUUUCUUUCCACUAUUUUAAAAUCCUUAAUUUAAUAUUUCUUUUGUGUAAUAUAUUGUGGAUUAUAU